CCAGUAUUAGUAACUGCUUCUUUGAACCUUAAUAAAUAUUAUAGGUGCUUUUUUGCUAUUUUGAUUAAUCUUGCUGCUAUCCUAGGUGCUAUUAUUGAAUUUAUUUUUUGUAUUCCUGCUACUAAAAAUUUAAUGCUGAUCUGAAAAAAUAAUUGUUAUUUUUAAAAAUUGACAAUUAAUCAAAAUCAAUUCAAUUAAAUGUAAACCACGCCUUUUAAUAAUGGCGGCUCUGUUUGCUAAAUGCAUACACUUGGCAAGGCAACUGGUUGAAGUACUGACAGGGUUUACUCCGGAUGAAGAGAAUUAUCAACGUACUACUGAGUUUGUCCUCUCAAAUUUCAAGUAUCAUCGUUUUCUGAGUGUAAAUAGCAACAACACGAAGAGAAAGCUUUCAGAUCUGGCAACAAAGUUUAGAGUUCAUUCUCUUCCGGAGAGAGCUGAAUGGCUUGAGAAAUGUGUGGGUGAUUUUUUAAAGCUCUCACUAUUUGAAUCUUUCUCAGAGUCUGAGAAUCAUUAUGCUAUACUGUCCUUCCUUCUCUGUCUCUCUCAAUCCCCAACAAGUCAUACUUCAUUCACUAUUUCUCAGCCUGAUCCUCUUCCUCUUCCUCCGGCUCGAGAUGGUCGUCCUUUUGAUUGGGGACACUACCUAAUGGAGGGCGUGUCUUUUGAAGAAUAUGAAUCAUCUAGUGAUGACAGUGAAUUCAUUCCUUGCAGUGAUGAGGAUCUCCCAUUAUCAUCACACGAACUCUCACACGACUGCAAGUCACAUGAUCAGUCACAUGACUCGGCUAUUGAGACAUCAGAUGCAGAACAAGAAUUGCCAGUGAGAUUAUCAGUAUGUCGUCCAUACUGGAAACCAGUGACACUAUAUCCAUCAUUAGUUAACAGACCAUCUUUGUCGAUACAACUUACAGAGAUACAAGCUGUGAGAGAGUCACUCUGGGUAUUAUUAGGAGUGAGAAGAAGUUGUGUUUAUUUUAUUAAUGAAGGAGGUGUGGUUACAGUGAGGAAUGGAAUUACAUUAUCCCACCUUUCAUUAAAAUCACUCGCUAGGAUUUUAGAAACUUUUGCUGAGUUGGCAACGAAGCUGAAUCGCUUCAGACGAGUCGUCAUGGUAACGCAGUCACCCAGGGGUGAACGAGUUUGUCAGACUCAGGAAGCAUUUGCUGACAGUCUCAACUGCUACUUACUGAGUGUGGAUGAGACACUGCAGAAAAUAGAGAAGAAGGUUUCUGAAAAAAGAGAGUUCGUAUCAUUAUUAAACUUAUCUAAUAAGCUCAACUCACUUAAUCUACAGGUGUCAGCAUUAACUAGUGUUGAUCUUUGCAGCUGCUCAACUCCUAAAUCAUUACUUGACAGUUUAUGGUUAUUAUUAAGUACGUAUGAUCCCAUUGGUCCUGUAGGAUGUGACGUGAUUUCAGUUGCUCUUCCAUUAUACCUAAUGAGCGUCUGCCCAUACAUCAGUACAUUGGACCAAUGGAUGGUCAGUGGUACACUUCAUGAUCCAAUGAAAGAACUAUUCAUCCAAAGUAAUGCAGAGUCUGUUCCGGGAGGAUAUAAUUAUUGGAGAGACUGCUACCAUUCAACUGAGCCUCCAGUCUGCUUUAAAGGAAUAUCAAGACAAUUACUCAUUGCUGGUAAAUCCUGUCAUUUGAGUAUGUCACUAGGGAGUCAAUCAGUUAUUGAGAUGAAGAAGUCUCGUGAUAAUCUUUAUCUUGAGUUUCUUUCUCAUUUUACAUCUUCACCUCCCGAGCAACGUCUUAUUGAGCCACACCUCCCUGAACCACCGUCACCAGAACCCCACCCACUUGAACCACUGUCAUUUGAGCCACCAUCAUUAGAGCCCCGCCCACUUGAAUUACAUUCACAAUCACUGGAGUCAUCGCACCUAGAUGUACAUGUACAUGUACCGGAUCACAUUCCUUAUAAGGAAGAUGGGCUGCUUGUUCUUUCAAAUGUUGAUCCUUUGCUGCGUGAAGCUCUUAUCUUGUUGCCAUGGAAGCAGUCAAAAACAACUAACGAAUCUUACGAGUUGUAUAUGAGGCUACAAGGGUUAGUCCCUGUCAUUAAUGCUUUGAAUAGACCAAUGACUGAAUUUAUUGAGGACAUCAUCAACAAUACAUUUAAGAGCAGAUUUUAUGAGUCUUCGAAGUUGUUAAUGGAGAUAUUAAAAGAUGAUUAUCAGCUUUUGGCUCAUUUCUCAAAUGUCAAGUGUGUCCUUUUAAUGUCAGCUGGUGAUUGUAUACACCAUUUCACUAACAAUCUAUUCAGUAAAUUGCAAGCUUGUCACCAAAUAUCAGAUCCGAUAUUUCUAAAUAAUGCCCUCAGUGAAUCUCUUCAGACUCGUCAGUUGAAUGAAAGGUUCACGGUUGAUCUCUCUACUCCACUCUCAGUCACUAUGGAGUCACUGAACAGCAUCAAUAUCACUUAUGAUGUUCCAUGGCCUGUCAAUUUGGUGUUUCCUCAAGGCGUCAUGAGUACUUAUAACGGAGUCUUUAGGUUCCUCCUUCAAAUGAAGUAUGCAAGAUGGUGCCUUGAUAGUGUUUGGAUUAACAUUAAAUCUUCCUGUCAUUCAAUGAGCCCACUGAUGCACAAGAUAUCACUGUUAAGAGCUAAAUUAUUACAUUUCAUGACAUCAAUCAAUCAUUAUCUACUCACAAGAAUAUUACAUAGCUCUGGUUUAGAGUUUGAAGAGAAGGUGCUAAACUGUACUGAUAUGGACAGUCUAAUAUCACUACACCACUCUUACAUCAGCACCAUUCAUGAUAGAUGCUUACUAAAUCAAAAAGCUCAGAUAGUGAAGGAAGCAAUUUUGAAGAUAUUCUCGUUAACAUUAAAGUUUUAUAAUCUCACUUAUACACUCAGUAAAUUUAGGUACGAGGAUGGUCAGAGUAUUGAGGAGGAGUUUUCAAAAUGUUGUCGUUUCUUAGUUUCUUGUCUGAUGAGUCACAUCAAGAGAGGAUCAUUCCCUCACUUGGAGACACUCUCGUUCUCUCUGACUCCUCUUCUCUCGCUCAACAGGAUAUUCACCAACUGAUACACACCACAUUUUAUAACACAGUAAAAGUAUUAAGUUAAUUAUGAAUUUUAUUAUAAUAAUACCACACUUAUAGUGUGCAAUAUCCAA